GUUUUUGCUGAAUCUACACAAGCCGACUCAUUCCUGUGGUUAUUUACCUACCCCACAGCCUCUGAUCAGCCUGGUUUCUUGUGUGUGUCCCUGUCCCGCUGUGCAAGAUGGCGUCGUCCCCGGCGUCGCGGUCACGGUCGGUGUUCGAGGUGGCUGAAGACGAGGCUCUGAUGGAGGGACUGAGGGAGGUCACUGAUCCCCACACGCGCCGCAUCUCACCACAUGUGGAGCCCUCUGGAGCCAGGACAGAAUCUCCACGCCGUGAGGAGGUGGGAAGCAGGAGGAGCAGGAAGAGCAGGAGGGGGAGUCAGGAGAAAGAACCAUGCAGAGAGGAGCAGACCACCACCAGGAGCACAGCAGGAGGUGGAGAGGAGAACACAAGGGGGGCCCAAGAGGAGGCCGCACCACGGGAGGAGAGGAGCCCAGCAGGGGAAGCCAAAGAGGAGGAGGAGAGAAGACCAGAGGAGGAGGAAUGGCGAGAAGGGGAGGCGAGAGAGGAGGAGAAACGGCAAGAAGGGGAGGCGAGAGAGGGCUCUGUACCGGAGGUGUCUGACAGGAUGCUCUGCUCCGCCUGCCAAUGCCCCUUCGACAGCAGAGAGGAGCAGGUGGAGCACUACAGACUAGAUUGGCACCGCUUCAACCUGAGGCAGAGACUCAUAGGAAGACCUCCGGUCACCGCAGAGGAGUUCGAGAGGAAGACGGGCACAGGUGACCUGUCUAGUAUUUCUGGUUCGGACUCGGACUCAGACUCUGACUCUGACUCUGAGAGUGACCAGGGUUUCCAUGGCGAUACUGUGGCGCCUGCUGAUGAUUGGUCGAGCCCGUCAGGGAGGGCGGGUGCUGGAGGCCGGGCGUCCACUAAGGCGGUCUUCCAGAACUCACAGGGCCAGUACCUCAGUCUCCAGCGCUGCAUUCUACACGGCAAGAGGUCUGCGGGCGAUGAGGAGGAUGUGGACAUGUUGGGGUGUCUGCGCUCCCUGAGCAGUAAGACCAUCUGGGUCAUAUUCAUGACCGGAGGAGGACACUUCGCUGGCGCAGUGUUCCGCGGGAAAGAGGUGUUGCAGCACAAGACGUUCCACCGCUACACGGUGAGAGCCAAGCGCGGAACCGCACAGGGCCUAAAAGACUCACAGAACCGAAGCCACGCACCCAAGUCAGCCGGUUCCACACUCAGACGGCACAAUGAAGCAGCACUGGUGAAGGACAUCCAUGACCUCCUUGAGAGCUGGUCGUCUCUGCUGCGUGAGGCGGGGGUCAUCUUCCUGCGGGCCCCCAGCUACAACCGCGGCAUCUUCUUCGGGGGCCCCCGGCCCCCACUCGAGAAAAGGGACCCUCGCGUACGAACACUACCCUUCGCCACCCGACGAGCCACUUACAAGGAGGUGCAGCGCGUACACGAUCUGUUGGCGACCGUACACGUCUAUGAUGGCGAUGCUGAGCUGUCCAACAUCUUCAGUCCCUCUAAGAAGGUCUGGAAGAAGAAGAAAAAGACCAACGGAGCACCAGCAGAAACACUGAACACAGCCAAGCUGGACAAUGAUGCUAAGGAGGAGGAAGAAGAAGAAGAAGAGGAGGAGGAGGAGGUGGUGGAGUUGCAACUGGUGGAGGAGACCCUGAGCACCCUGGAGCUGAGGGAGGAGGACGACAUGCCCACCAAGAGGAGGCCGCGACGCCGCAAGAAGGACAAGAGGAAGGAGAGGAAGGCGAAGGAGGAGGAGGAGUGGGAGAGACCGUCCAGAGGAAGCCAGCAGACUACAACACACAGAGAUGGCUCGGGCAGCAGUGAGAGGCAUCCUGAGCAACAUGAGGAUGAAGCUGAGGACGAUGACGAAGAGGAGGUUGCGACCGCUCGAACUGGGCAGCCAAUGAGCAGCAAGGGGCGUGGCAAGAGGAAGAACAACAAACACAAAGACACCACACCACAGGAGGAGGGCGAUGAGGAGGGUUGGGAGGACUACGGCCUAAGAGACGUGCUGUACACAGCCUGCAAGACAGGAGACCUGGACGCACUACAUACACUCCUCCAGCUCACAACACACACAGACUCGGACAGCGGGACGCAGAGUGACCUCUCCAAGGUCACGAGAGACGAAGUCUCGGAGGAUGACCUCACCAAGGUCGCGACCCCUCAAGAUGACCUCUCCAAGGUCACGACUCCUCUGACCUUCCUGAACCGGCCCAUCGACCAAUCAGGAUUCACGCUGCUGCACGUGGCGUCAGCCGCAGGACAGAAGGGGGUCGUACAGCUGCUCAUGGACCUGGGAGCAGACCCCGCACUCAGGGACAAGAAGGGUCAGCCUCCGUAUGUUGUGGCUCCAGAGAAAGACACCAGGAACGUGUUCCGCAAAUACAUGGGAGACCACCCUCAGAAAUACGACUACGUCAAGGCACAGGUCCCGGGACCUCUGACUGCUGAGAUCGAGGCUAAGAAGGCGGAGAAGAAGAAAGCUCAGAAGACAGCCAAGAAGCAGCGAGAGAAGGAGCAGAAGGAGGAGAAGAGGAAAGAGGAAGAGGAGAAGGAGGAGAGGAGGCGUUUCGCUGCUCUCACCGACCGAGAGAAGAGGGCGCUGGCAGCUGAGAGGCGAUUGGCUGAGCAGAUGGAAGCCACUGGAGUGUCCAUCACCAAUGUCCAGCGCUGCUGGUUGUGUGGUGAGUCGCUGCUGGGGAAGGUUCCAUUCCACUACCUCCAGUUCUCCUUCUGCUCCCCGCGAUGCCUACAGACACACCGCAAAGCCAACAACCCCACCGGGAAAGCCUGAUGUCUACACACACACACACACACACAACGCAAAGCCAACCACCCCACAGGGAAAGCCUGAUGUCUACACACACACACAACACAAAGCCAACAACCCCACAGGGAAAGCCUGAUGUCUACACACACACACAACACAAAGCCAACAACCCCACAGGGAAAGCCUGAUGUCUACACACAAACACAACGCAAAGCCAACAACCCCACAGGGAAACCCUGACCCCCGUGAGCUCUCGACCACCUGACCUCUUCAACCCUGAAGACCAGGUGAUGCCUACAGACGCACCGCAAAGCCAACAACCCCACUGGGAAACCCUGAUGUCUACACACCCAAGCCACAAAGCCAACAACCCCACCGGGAAACCCUGAACACCUGAUGUCUUCAGCUCUCACCUCAUCCACCCUGUUCACCAAGAUGUCUACAGGCUCACCGCAAGGCCAACAACCCCACAGGACGACCUUGACCCUCGUGAUCUCUUAACUACCUGACCUCUUCAGCUCUGAAGACCAGGUGAUGCCUACAGAUGCACGGCAAAGCCAGCAACCCCACCGGGCAACCCUGAUGCUUACAGACACACCGCCGUUUUCAGGUACAUCCCGACAGGAAAAGCCUUGACCCCUUGUGACCUCGACAAUCUGGACGACCAGGCGGUAUCUACAGGCGCACCCCACCGGAACACCCUGAUGACCAGACCUGCCCAUCCGGACCGUUCCUCCCAUCGCUGCCUUCAAAUGCAUCGCAAAGCAACAACCCCACGAGAAAACCUUGAGUUCCUGACCUCUUGAGCUUCAUAGCUAAGACGACCUAACCUUAAAAGGUGACCUACACCCCCACCCCCACCCCCACACAAGGCACAAGAAAACCCUGAACUCCCCCACACUGCCUACAGUCCCAUUGCAAGACCAACAACCCCAC